AUGACAAAACUCUCAUACCAGCAAUUUCGAAAAGCAGGCAUUGUUAAAAAAAAGUCUGUGCCGCCUAUUAGGAUCGAGCCUCCACGCAUCGCGUUUUACCCUGACAAGGCCUUGGAUGUCGUUACAAAAAGACUGCAGCCUGGUAGUAGCAGCAGAGACACCGGUGUCAAUGGUAGCGGCAAUAGCAACAAUAAUAACGGCGGCCGUAUUUCCAACAACAAUCACGGUAACAGCAAGAGCGCCAGCAACGGCAACGGCAACAGCAAGAGCAACAACAAUGAUAACAGCAACAGUAGUAGCAAGGGCGUCAACAACGUCGCCACCCAUUUGCCUGGAUCAAAAAGAUCGACAAAUCUAGCUACUCAGGACCAUUUACCAUUAUCAUAUUUGGCACGGUCUUCCAAUUCAUCCCUCGUUACGCGCAAUAAUAGACGAACUGAGAUGGUCAACUCUAAUAUAGAAAGGGCUAUGGAGCUGCUGCAAGGCAUCAAUAUGAUUCAACUGCAAUUGGAGGCCGAAGAGAAAGAUAGACAAAUGCUUGAACUGCAAUCGGCGAUGGGUAGAGUACAAUCGGAUAUGUUUCAGCUACAGUUAGAGGCCAUAGAAAAAAAUGACAAGAUACUAGCUUUCCAAUCGGAAAUACAUCAGCUGCAAUUAGAGGUCAGAGAGAAAGGGGACAUGGUACUUGCACUGCAACUGGAGGCUAAGGAUAGAGACGAUCAAAUGCUUGAGUUGCAAAAUAAAGCGCUCGAUAAGCUCGCCACACUACAAAAACAUGCCAAUGCUAUCCUAGUCCAAAACUUUGAGCUACACGAGUAUCCAAUCCCACGGCUGUUUAUCAUCUUACCUGUCGACACCUCCAAGUGGGACCCAAGGAAUGUCCUGGGAAAUAAGUUCCGCCUUCAUUUCCUCUGUGAAUGCGGAGAGCUCACUGCGGAGAUAAGCAAGAGCAGCCAAAACCAAAUCCACCUUGCUAAGCAUGAUGGAUAUGAAGUCCGUGACAGCACAAAGUUUUUUCGCAAGUAUGGAAGGCACAUGCUCAUCAUUUUACAUUGCCUCAGGGUGGGAGCGCCCAUAGCUGCUUGUCUAGCACCAAUCCCAAACUUGACUGCUGCUAUCAAUUACUCAAUCGAAUACAUGGAAAAGCUCUCUAUUGAGUACCCGGUGUUGAAAAACAUCAAUACAAUCGAUGAGCAUGAGGCACUCGAAGGGGCAGAUCUCCGACAACUGGGCACAUUUCUUCGAAUAAGGGAUGAAGACAGGGAAUUUGGCAACUUAGAAAAAGAACAGAAAGAGUUUGCUGGUGCAGUGGAAAAUAAUGGAGGCAAAUAUGACCCGUAUCUUGGCAAAGUGAUUAUCGCCCUGUAUCCCAAAAGCAAACCUGGAGAAUUCUUCAAUGUGCUAGCUAAUGCAAGGCGUGUUUACGAGUUGGAUAUUACAUUCGGCUGGGAGUGGACAAGAGCUGACCUUGUUGCAUUCGAGGAAGCACUAAAGAAGUCAAGUGUAUCGAUCCUUCGACUUGAUCUCGGAAGGUCUCAAGAAAGCACUACCGAGAAAUUUCUUCCAAUAUCCACGCGGUAUGAAACCCUGGUUCGGAUCAUGGGACUGAGCAAGAUGAAGACGAUUCAUAUUGUUCUAUCCCCGGACCUUAUAAAGCUUUCCAGUUUGCAGCCCAAAAGGCCGUUGCAUCUUCACAAAUUAUCUUUUUCGAUGAAACCUGGAUUAAUGGAAGCUAAUGACUUUAAAGUGUUUGCAAACUCACUGGGGACCAACCCAGCUUUAAUCACUUUAGAUUUGGGAGGCAGCUCGAUUGAGAAGGAAAGAGCUGCUGCGCUGUCAGAGGCGCUCAAGACAAACACUAUGUUGACCACUUUGAAUCUAGGAUGGAACUCAAUUGGGAAGGAAGGGGCCCUUGUACUAUCAAAGGCACUCAAGACCAACAAGGCUUUGGCUACUUUGAGCUUGUGGGAUAACUCAAUUGGGAAGGAAGGAGCUCAGGCACUGUCAGAGGCGCUCAAGGAGAACAAGGCUUUGACUACUUUAGAGUUGAAAUGGAACUCAAUUGGCAAUGAAGGAGCUCGUGCACUAUCAAAGGCACUCAAGAGUAAUACAACAUUGACCGCUUUAGAAUUGGCGUACAAUUCAAUUGGAAUGGAGGGAGCUCUUUCAUUAUCAAAUGCGCUCAAGGGUAACACGGCUUUGACCGCUUUGUGCUUGGAGGGCAAUUCAGUUGGGGAUGAAGGAGCUCUCGCGCUGUCAGAGGCACUUGCGAGAAACACAACUUUGGCCACGUUGAACUUGAAGGGUAAUUCGAUUGAGAAGAAGGGGGCUCUUGCACUGUCAGAGGCACUCAAGACGAAGACGGUUCUGACCACUUUGGACUUGGAAUCCAAUUCAAUUGGAAAUGAGGGAGCUUAUGCACUCUCAUUGGCACUCAAGGUAAACGAAACCUUGACGACUUUGGAGUUGGCGCACAAUUCAAUUGGAAUCGAGGGAGCUUUUUCACUGUCAGAGGCACUCAAGACUAACAUGGCGUUGACUGCUUUGGGCUUGGGAGGAAACUCCAUUGGGAGUGAAGGAGCCCUUGCACUGUUGGAGGCACGGAAGUUUAACACGACUUUGAGCUCCUUGAAUUUUACAGGCAACUCGAUUGGGUAUGAAACGGCGCUGACGUUGUCGGAGGCGUUCAAGCCUAGCAAGGCCUUGACUCCAUCUUGA